GAUCGAUCAGUUUCCAGUGAUUCACUCAUUUCAGCAUGCUUACAUCGUUCAUCUUAUAUUGCGAAUUUCCCGUUCGCUUUUACGCAUACCUAUCCAUUUGUGCUGAGCGCUACAACAACUCCUUAUGGUGAUUUUCCGCAGUUAUCAGCAGUAUUGUUUCAGGCAUUGGGUGGCUUCAUAUUGAUACUGAAUGAGAACGGUGAAAUUUAUUAUGCAUCAGAGAAUAUCGAAACAUACCUCGGCUUUCAUCAGUCAGAUAUCCUUCACCAACCACUAUUCGAUAUGAUUCAUUCGGAAGAUCGUGAGGAUAUUAAACAGCAAUUGGCGUGGAACUACAAUAUACCACCGCAUGUCACUUGCUUGCAAGACCUGCUCACGCCAGGUGGGAUGCAUUAUCUCGAAAGAAAUGUGAAUGCUCGAUUCCGAUGUUUGCUUGACAACACAUGCGGAUUUUUGAGGAUCGAUAUCCGCGGUAAGCUGAUGUCGCUUCAUGGUUUACCGCAAUCGUAUGUAAUCGGACGUUCCGAUACAAACUCCUCAGGCAAUACAGUGCUGGGUCUUGUGGCUAUUUGCAGCCCAUUUGUGCCACCGAAUGUCAUUGAUCAACCGAGUGAGGAUCCUAUACUCAAAACGAAGCAUUCGUUAGAUUUUACGCUCAUUUCUAUGGAUAAUCGUGUCAGGUCGAUGCUUGAACUCGACGAUAAGCAUCUACCGAUGAGUUUCUACAGUCUUGUGCAUGUUGGUGACGCACUCUGCUUGGCUGAAGCUCAUAAAGAAGUGGUAAAGAACAGUGCGAGUGGUCUUUUGAUCUAUCGUCUUAUCAGUGUACGCUCGAAACGAAUCUACUGGAUUCAGAGUAGUUGUCGUAUGUUCUACAAAAACGGUAAACCGGAAUCCAUUGGUCUUACACAUCGACUUCUGACCGAGGUGGAAGGUACAAUGCUACUCGAGAAACGCGCAUCACUGAAGGCUAAAUUGCUCUCAUUCGACGAUUCCCUUUUGCAAUCACCACGGAAUCUGCAGUCUACAGCCGCAUUAAAAUCGAGCAAUUUUUUCAGUGAUCCAUCUCAAACGGCACCACCCGUUUUAAUGCGUCCCUCGGCGCUGCCCACCGCCCGGAAUACGGCGGUCGCUACACGUGCUACAACCUCGUCGAAUCGGGGUCGUAAAAAGAAACAACGUCAUGCAGCAGCAGUAGCAGCAGAUCAACACCCCUCUCAACACCAUCAACCCUCGACACCAGCAACGGUGCAUCGUACCACACUCCCUUUCAGUGCUCAGCAACUGCCAUUCGGUAUUUUAACACACGAGCAACAAGCAGUUAGUUUCAUUUGA